AUGGGCUUGUUGGACUUAGAUUUUUUCAAUGAAAUUCGUCGGAUGAAUAAGCGUCAAGUAUACUACCAAGUAUUAGUUAUAUGUAUGGUUGUCGCCUCUGCCUUGAUGCUAUGGAAAGGCUUCAUCGUAUUCAGUUACAGCGAGAGCCCAUUGGUUGUUGUAUUGAGUGGGAGUAUGGAACCUGCAUUCUAUCGUGGAGAUGUGCUUUAUCUCACCAAUUAUCCAGAGGAACCAUUAGAAGUGGGAGAUAUUGUCGUUUUCAAAGUUGAAAACAGGGAUAUUCCAAUCGUUCAUCGAAUCAUAAAAAUACACAAGAGUGUAAACGGGACAAUAAAGUUCCUCACCAAAGGUGAUAACAACCCAGUACACGAUCGUGGUCUCUACGCCCCUGGUCAGGAUUGGCUGUCGCCGUCACAAGUAAUGGUUCCCGCCAAUCAUGUUAUCAAUUCCGUUACACAUGUUAUUAUAUACUAUGGUUUGUUUUCAUUUGUCGGUUUAUCUGAUAGACAAUUAUUAGGGAAGAAAUGCACAGUGAUUAGGUAA